AUGGCGCCUUUUACGCGGAUACACGGGUGGUCGAGAGAGGCGGUCCUGGUCUUCCUCAUCGACGUACGGAAGAAUAUCAAUCACCAGAAUAAUCACGCGCACUUUGCGGUAUAUUCUGUCUGA